AUGUCCAACCCCACGCCGACCCCACCACCACCAACAUCCUCAUCAUCAACCACAUCAUUCCCCUUCCCAAGGGAAUACUCCUUCCCGCCCUUCUUCACCCGGCAGACCAACCUCACGACGCACCAUGCGCAGCUGGUCAAGUGGGCCGCCCUCGUGGUGGCCUACUGCCGCCACUACCGCAUCUUCAAGCUUGCCCUGUCAGGGACCGGCACCGUCGCUACCAACACCACCACUUCUAUUACUACUACAGCGGGAGGUGAUCAGCAGCAGCAGCAGCGGGACACGACCGAGCUGUUCCACAACCGGCGCAUCAACAGACGGCUGAGCCUGGCCGACAUCCGGGAGGUGAUUGAUUUCCUGCGCAAGGACGGGCGCGCCGAGUACGUCAACGGCGGGGGCGGCGAUCUGGUGUGGAUAUACUGGCGGACGCCCGAGGAGUGGGCUGCGCUGGUGGAGGCCUGGGUGGAAGCAACCGGCCAGAGGGGCAGUGUGAUGACGCUAUAUGAGCUCGUAGAGGGGGAUGCUACGUUGGGGGAGGAAUUCCAUGGGCUGGACCAGGACCUGCUGCUCAAGGCCUUGAAUGUGUUGGUCAAGAGGGGCAAAGCGCAGAUUUUUGGCCAGGAGGAUUCUCGAGGUGUUAAAUUCUUCUGA